AGACCAGAUUCGAUACCAAUCAAAAGAAACCAAACAAAAAAUGAUUGUGUGAAAUACGCAUCGUCAAUAUAAUUCAGUACAGUGACACUCGAAAUACGGAGAACGCAUAACAAAAAUUACGAUUGAAUAAACAGUGGUGAAGGUGAACACAAUCGAAUGAAAAUAGUUUUAUUUUUCUAGUCGUGUGUACGAUGGAAUUGCGGCCAUUUCGAAAUAAGUAAUACUAUGUGCGAGUGUGUAUGAGUGCAAUUUUUGCAUUUCGCCAAUUUGUAAGUGAAGAAUUUUCUUAUCGUUUAUUGCUUGCUGUCAGUGUGUAAAUUACUUCAUAUACAUAUACACAUAACGCAAAAAAAAAAUCGUUGGUACGUUUUCAUCUUGCUGUCUCACUCUCUUUCCCACCUCAUCUCGUCUUGUCUUUCGUGUAAAUCGGUGAUUUUUCUGCUGUCGUACUCUCUACAUCAACCUUACAGACAGUGCAAUUGUACGCAGAGUCAGUAGCCAUUCAUGAUUUAAAAUAAUCGGGAAUCGCAUUGAGUGACAUUUAAAUUACAACCAUUAUAAGUAAAAUGUAGACAAAUAUUGUGUGUGUGGGCAAAGUGCGAAACAAAGAAACAAUUACUAUAUACACAUCAUCUCUGCGGGAAUGUUUUUUUCGGUUUAUUUAUAUUUGCUUGAACACAAAAUUGUGAUUGGAGACAAGAGUUGACCGAAAAAAAAAAUUAAAGUGCAAAGAGACAAGCCAAUCAGAAAAGGAAGAAUAAACCAGUUUACACAACUUUUUUUGCAUGCAUUUAACGAAUUCAACUGUCGAACAGUAUACAGUCCAAAGGUUUCCAUUUCUUCACAUUCAAUCUCUUUUUUUCGUCUCUUGGUUUGUCGUUGGUGUGUAAGUGCGCUGCUACGAAAAGUGAAUUUGUAAUAUUUUAGACAUAUAUUGUGAAGUGUUUUGUGAAUCAACACCAAAAUACUAAUACAUCGACAUUUUUUGGUUUUAUUUAUUUUUUGAUGGAGAAAAGUUAAUCAAAUAAUUAUCGAAUAAUAUAAAAUGUGAAACACAAUCGCAUUUUUAUUGAUACACAAAAAUGAACGAUAAUCAAAACUGUUAACCUCGUUGUAACACAUUUUGAAUAAACAAAGUAAAUAAUUUAGCGUAAAAAGGUACCUACUCAAAUAUAAAAUGGACACGGUUGAUGAACCAGAGGAAUUAUUAUUCUCACCAACACCACGAAUGGCACACUCAUUUUCACCGCCUACGCAAUUCAAUAGGAAUGGGAUUCGAUACAAUGAAUUUCGUGAGAUUUUAAAUACAGCUGUUCAAGCAACACAACAUGAUCGACCAAUGCAGCGUCAAUCCGAAAUUUUGGAUGCCGAUGAUAUUUUCGCUGACACCGAUAGUAUUGAUGCCGUACCAAACCCCAGGCCGAAUGUUCGGCACAGUCUACGUUAUUUGAACUCGAUUCAAAUAUCUGAUGAUGAAAUGGAUGCUCUUUCGAAUCAGGCUCAAGCAUCAGUUGAUGGUGAUAAUUCAAUGCCGCCAUCGUUGGCCGAAUCAAAUUGGACAAUGCGUGAUCAUGGACGACAUCAUGUAACAAUAUCGUCGACACCACCCCCGGCGCCUCCACCUCCAAUACCAGAAGUAUUCAUAUCGGCCGAACCAAGAGCUCGAUCACCAAAUUUGACAGCACAAAGACGCAUGACACCACCGCCAUCAUUUUAUCCGGACGGAUUAAGAGCCGGCUCACCACCAUUAAAUCCUUGGAAUCCCUACUUACGAAGUUAUGGCCGAAUGUAUCAUCCAUACAACAUUGGAGUGAAUCAAUACGAUAGUGCGCCUCGAAAUUGGAUUGUUUCAAAUUCGUCACAACGUUCGAUGCCUAACUAUCAAACAUCUCAUGUUCAUUUGGUGCCAUCAUUUCGGUUUGAUACUCUGAAUACAAUGCGACGCGCCUUGUCACGACCACGUUCAAAUCGCUCAUUUCUUCAGUAUUCGGUGGCUGAACGUGAAACCAUUGAACAAGAUUCGUUUUUUCCAACUUUACCUGUGAUUGAAAUUAGUUCCGAUGAAGAAGAGGCGGCCAGAGCAAUACCACUUGAAAUCGCUAGGCAAACAAAUGUCAUAAAUUCUGGAAUUCAGUCCACUGAAAAUGACAGUAAUAGCGAAAAUACAUCGAAUCGUUCUCGUGUCGAACCAUCGCCAGAUAAACGAACCUUGGAUGAAUCAAAUAACUAUGGACGCUUUAGACGAAGAUCAUCGUCAGAAAGCGUUUCAUCAACAGGGGAAUAUCAUCGACAUCAACACAAUCACCACAACCAUAACAACCACAGUCACCAACAUCAUCAUCAUCAUCAACACCGUCAUAGCCAUGCAUCGGACAGCGAAUCAUCAGCAUUGAAUUUAAGUAAUCGCAUGAAACGGCCGCAUCAUCAUUCACCGCCCCAGCAGCCAAUGAAACAUUGUCGGGGUCAUUCACCGCCCCAGCAGCCAAACAAAUAUAUUCGUACAAGUCCACGGUGUGCCGAACUCGAUGAAUCACAUAGUAGCGCUGACGAAUCGGAUGAGAGAAAUAAUAAACCAAAUGUCAGCCUAAUUGAUACGGAUGUGAAGCCAAGAAGUGCAAAUAUGUCUCAAUCCAACAGCAAUGUUGAUGAUGAUACGAAGAUUGAGCGAAAAGCCAAAAUAAGAAUUAAACGUGAAUUUAAGACAGAGGCGACCAAUAGUGGUAGCGAAAAUGUGGAGAACGACGCCGCUGUUGAUACCAAAGAGCAUUUACAACCACUCAUUGCUGGUAUCAAACAAGAAGUAAAACCAUCUGUAAAUGUUAAAACAGAGACCGCUGGAGACAGUGAAGCCUUGCUGGAACAGCAAAGUGCCGACAUACCGGAAAGUGCAAAUGUGAGAGUUAAGCAAUCACCUCCAAGCAAAGAUUUUGAAAAUGACCCAGAGGCUGGUCCAAGUGGCUUGCAACCGUCAAAAAAUGUCGAAAAUAAUAUGAAUCGACGAAGAUUGCGGUACCACAAUUCAAGUUCCGACGAUGACAGUGAUGGAGAGAGUACAAGAGUGUGGCGUCCACAAGAAACUUAUCUCUACAAUCGAAAUGCAGAGGAUUCGAGCGAUACACGGUUUUCGGGGCAAUCAUGGAUCUUUGUAUCUGACCCAACUGCUGUAUGUGAAUCAACACCGUUGUCGGCACACAAUCAAUCGGAUGAGGUCAUCGAUUUGAGUGAAAACGAAUCGCUGCAAUCGAGUACACAGAAUCCACCAGCAAAUACAAACAAUGAAAAUCGUAGCAUUGAAGUGCUAACCGCACCCGAUUUACAACUCGAUUGGCUCAGUGAUUCAAGCAGUGACACGGAAAUUGUUUGCAUUCGUCCCAUGACACCGGAUCAUGAUGAUGCUGCAUUAAAUAUGACACAAUCAAAUUUAAAUUCAUCGAAUGCCGCAAGUGACUCACCCGAAUCACCAGAAUCACCAAUUCUACAAGCUAUCGAUCUAACCGUAUCCGAUGACGAAGAUAUUGGAUUACGGGACACAACAACGGAUCGAUCAAGAAUUAAUCGCGCACACAAUCAUUUAAUGCAUCUUGCACAUAAUAUGUUCGUACGGAAUCGUUGUCCGUUAAGAACGAUUUCUGAACUAAGACCACAAUCCAGUCGCAAUCAAAAUGAAUCGUCAUCAAACAACAAUUCAUCUCAAACGGAUGGACCACUUCGAAGCGGUGAUUUAUCUCGACGUGUUAAUUUAAAUCGUUGUCUGAAUCAUGUAAAUAAUCGCGUAUAUAGUGGACCAGAAUGGUAUCGGUCAGAAAAUUCAAAUCAAACGCAGUUCGGUGAUUCAUCAUCGUCGUCAGCAACAGCAGCUACAAAUAAUCCAACCGCUGUAUUUGUACAACAGCCAGAAGAACCAGCUACCCAACCGCCGGCCCUUUCUCCUGAACUUCUCCAUUUCGAUCAAUAUCCGCCGACUGCAAAUGUCGAUUCAAACAAUAUUCGCGAUGCUUCACAAGCAUCAGUUUCAGCGUCAUUUUCUGCACAAAACAAUUCGAAUGCACAACGACAUCAAUCGGCGUCAAGAUGCCCAUACUAUCGACGCACUUCACUUUCGAGCUACCACAAUUUACCAAGCCAUUAUCAUUCUACGUUACAAAAUGGAAACGGUUAUUUACGACCAGCCUAUGCACCACAUGAGUCUCUUUGGUACCGCCAACAAAAUAAUCAAGAGGUACAUCGACGUCAUAUGAUGAACAGUAUGGGUGGUACAAGUGGAACAAAUGAUUCAACAUCAUCCAGUUCAUUUGGUUCGUUUCCAGGCCGUGUCGGCCCAUUAGCAUCAUCAAUUCCAAAUAGCUACUGCUUACAAUGCGAUCAACAGCAUCCAGUCGGUCAUCCGCAUCGUCGAGUUCGACAAUAUGUGUGCGGUUUAAAUUUGAAUCCCGAUAAUCCACCACCUCUUCUUGCAGUACGCCGUAACGAUCCAAAUCAGCACGUUCAAAACCGUGUAUCGCACGUACAUCAUCAUAUGUAUCAUCAUUAUCCAACGGACACAGCAUCACCGCCACCACAUCAAGUUCAUGUCAGCAUUGGUUUACGACGAACCGGAGAAUAUGUGCCAACAGCCAUACAUCAACCGCAUUCAUUAUAUGCAAACAAUCGUUUGCGACAAUUCAGCCAAUUUGUGCGUGUGAUCGAAGAAAGUGAUAUUCAGUUGCAACGUUGCAUACGUGGUGCAACACGGGAAACAAUCGAACGCAACACAUUUCCACACAAGUACAAGCGUGUACGACGAGAACUGGAAGAUGAAGAUGGCGGUGAAAAGUGUACGAUUUGUUUGUCACUAUUUGAAAUCGAAAAUGAUGUGCGACGGCUACCGUGUAUGCACUUAUUUCAUAUGGAUUGUGUAGAUCAAUGGCUAGUCACGAAUAAACACUGCCCAAUUUGUCGUGUGGACAUCGAGACACGAUUGAAUAAAGACAUCAUAGCUAUUUGAUAUAUUUCCCCCGAUACCAUUAACAUUGAUAUCAAUAUAUCGAAAUAAGGUCGAUUUUAUACAAUUUACAAACGAACGUGCAACAAAUUUUGAUACAAUCGAAACAAACAAACAAAUUCAAUGCCAUUUUUUUCUUGUCAUAUGUUUUUUUUUGUUUAACAAAAAUUGAAUUUGUGUGCAAAGUCUUCAUAUUUUCAUAUACCAAGUAAAUACAUAUAUCCCGUUUACAAUGUAAGAACAUUGGUAUAUCAAAAUAACUAAUUUAUAUUUCAUAUGCAAUAGCAAAAUAGAUUUUUGCAAGAGAAAAACGAAAAAGUCUAUCCAAUUAUUGAAAGUCGUGGAGCUAUCGAUAUUUAAAUAAAAACAAACAUGUUUUGCUCCCUUUCUCUCUAUCUCUCACUCUUUCUGCCCAUUGAAUAAAUGCACUAAGAAAAUGAAAGAAAAAAGUUGUGUGAUAGGUAAUUAUGUUAGUUUCAUGAGUUAAUUGUACUGUGUUAUAGCCAAAUUGAAUGAAAAUUAAUAGAACCGUUUCAGAUUUGAACAAAAAAAGAGAAUGGCCAAUUGCCCAAAUGAUAAUGGAUUGGCAGAGGCAAAGAUAGGAGAGCUGGAGUGAGAGAUAGGGGGAAUUUUCUGAAAAUCUAUUUCCUUUUUUUUUUUAAAUAGAUGAUAUACAGUGAUCAAAAUAACGUUAGACAUACGUUUUACAUUGCAAUACACAUGAAGAAAUAAAACCAAAUUAAAAUGAGAUUCCCAAUGAUGAA